AUGGCGUCCAUCACUCCGCUUCACGCCGUGCUUCCCAACAAUGCGUCGAUCCUCCCCGCACGUGUUGCUCUUUCCAACACGAGGGUGUCGUUUGCGGGCUCAUCUGGGGUACCCUGCACUGCGAUUCAGAGGAACUGGAGUAGAUCUUCGAAGGUUGUUGUUUCGGCUGUUGGAGAUGUUUCAGCUGAUAGCACCAGUUACCUUGUUGCUGGUGCCAUUGCAGUGGCACUCGUUGGAACUGCAUUCCCCGUCUUCUUCUCUCGCAAAGACACAUGCCCUGAAUGUGAUGGAGCAGGGUUUGUGCGAAGGGCUGAUGUGACGUUGAGAGCAAACGCAGCACGAAAGGAUCAAACCCAAAUCGUUUGUGCUCGUUGCAAUGGUUUGGGCAAACUCAACCAAAUUGAUAAAUAG